UCUCGGGUGCCAAUGGGUCAGAUGCUUGUACCCAUUACGUUUUGUUUUCUUACGGAGCUAUAUAGCCGAAGCUAUGAUACGAGGGCCACCGAUCACUCUACACGAUUACAUUGCCGGUCAAGCCGGGAAUAUGUACCAUACGUUGUGGAAAACGGGUGCGGAAAACUCCCGAAAUCUCCAGAGGAGAUGGCGAAAAUCGUGGCGGACUGGUUCAGACCGAAAUCAGAGGAGCUAAAGAUAAUGUCACGGGAUGCGUUAAGGCUGUCGAGACCAGAGGCUGUGUUCAAGAUCUUCACGAGCUCGUCCGACAAAGAAAUCGUGUUCUCCAACUCUCUUGUUCUGCCUAACUCCCUCAUCUUCUUGUUUCAGUUCCCAUCCUUAGGGAAGAGUAAUGAGUUAUCACAACUAUUUUCCUCUUUUGGUUUUUGCUUCUUUCGGGUGAUUUUGGUGCAGAGUAAUGUAAAAUUCAUGUUUUGUUACUACAACAUCGCACAAAACAUUUGAUCCGUUUGAUAAAAAGUUAUAUGCGUUCUGAUUUA